AUGGUCAAAGCUGUUAUCUUUACCGAUUUCGAUGGUACUGUCACCCUAGAAGAUUCUAACGAUUACUUAACCGAUACUUUAGGGUUCGGUAAAGAAGAAAGAUUAAAGGUCUUCGAAGGUGUUUUGGACGGUACCAAAUCCUUUAGACAAGGUUUCAUGGAAAUGUUGGAAUCCAUCCACACUCCAUUUCCUGAGUGUAUUAAGAUCUUAGAAAAAAAAAUCCGAUUGGAUCCUGGUUUCAAGGACACUUUCGAAUGGGCUCAAGAAAAUGAUGUCCCUGUCGUUGUUGUUUCCAGUGGCAUGAAGCCCAUCAUCAAGGUUUUAUUGACUAGAUUAGUCGGACAACAGUCUAUUCAUAAAAUUGAUAUUGUUUCCAAUGAAGUUGAAAUCGAGGCUCAUGAUGAAUGGAAAAUUAUCUAUAAGGAUGAGAGUCCUUUUGGCCACGACAAAUCCAGAAGUAUCGACGCUUACAAAAAGAAAUUCGAAUCUGCUUUGAAGCCAGGUGAUGAAAGACCUGUAUACUUUUAUUGUGGUGACGGUGUUUCCGACUUAAGUGCUGCAAAGGAAUGUGACCUGCUAUUCGCUAAGAGAGGUAAAGACCUGGUCACUUACUGUAAAAGACAAAACGUUCCAUUCCACGAAUUUGAUACUUUCGAAGACAUCUUAGCCAGCAUGAAGCAAGUUUUAGCUGGCGAAAAGACAGUCACUGAAUUGAUGGAAAAUUAA